CACCUACCCACAACAGUCACCAGCAGCUUCCGCGCUGCAUUCCAUGGCGAAAGCCAAAGCACGCAGCCGUACCUUCAAAUCGCUGGAGGAAUGUCUGGCGGCGGCCGGGCGGCUGGAGGAGGAACCGGAUGCCACCACGCGGAGCGCGUGUACCCCAGACUUUGAGCUCUUCCUACCUUUGGGCCUUCCACGCAAGGGCGAUUGGCUGGCGGAGCACAAGGAGACGGGGCAGAGCUUCAGCACUUACCACCGGCGGAUGAAGUACCCCGCGACCCCGGGCAAGCACACCGACACCAUCCUGUUAGUGCCCUUCGGGAGCUUUGCAGAGGGAGUCGCCCAGCAGUUCCGUCCCCUUCUGCUGGACUAUUGCCAAGCCUUCUUCUCAGGCAUGAUGGUGGAAUGCCUUCCGAAGCCUCUGUCUCUCAGCAAGGCCCGAAGGCGGCAGAACGACUUUGGCCAUGACCAGUACUUGAUUGAAGACCUCUUUGACGCCCUGCAUAAAGAGACCAGCAGCCAUCAUAGAGCCUAUUGCCGCCUUGGAUUCACACUGGAAGACAUCUACCCGGGUGACGGCUGGAACUAUGUCUUUGGCCAAGCCAGACCCAUGGAGCGCGUGGGGGUCUUCUCCUUUGCGCGGCACUCGCCCUUCUUCUACGAGGGCCUGCAUGCAUCGGAGGUGCCCAGCCUCAAGGAUGGUGCUGGCUGGCUUCGCGAGUGUAUGCGGACCAUGGUGCACGAGACCUGCCAUAUGUUUGGGAUGCUCCACUGCGUUUACUUUCACUGCUUGAUGAAUGGCAGCAACGGCCCUCAAGACACUGCGGGCCGCUUCAGCUUCCUUUGCCCGGUGUGUCUUCGAAAGCUUUUGCUGGCACUGUCCUACGCCCCGGGUGACAGCAGCGUUCUGCCGCGCUACCAGGCGAUCCAGAGGUCCAUGCAGAACCUCUUGGAGGAAUUCCGAGCACAAGGGGUGCCCGACGGUGAGAUGGAGGGACUGCUGAGCGACCUCCAGUGGCUCGAGAUGCUUGGAGAAUGGAAGGCGAUGAGGUGGCAAGGAAGCGUCUGACAAGCCUGAGCUGAGCCAAACAAAGUUUUUGGCAGUUGGGUCGAAGGGGCCUAGAACAGAAGCGCCACCCUAGCAGGCUUGUCAGCUGUAAGCAGAAGAAACUGAAGCCAUUCCCAGCUGCUGUCAAUCUGCGGAUCCGAAAAGUUUGGGCAGUCUUGAUAGCGUGCAGCACCUUGUGAUCUUUGUGACCAA